GUGUGUGUGUGUGUGUGUUUCUCGUUUGUCGAAGCGUGUCGGGGAAGCGCUGCCUAGAGAAGUGUCGGGUCCUCCUGGAUGGUUUAUUUUGGGCGGUCUCUCUCUCUCUCUCUCUCUCUCUCUCUCUCUCUCAGCAACAGGGGCUUCUGUGUUAACUGAGGCUAAAUAAACACAGAUGAACUGUCGAGCACAUUCACAAAAAUGUCCUGGCAAUAUCUGCUUGACUGCACAAGACUCUCGGAACCCGCAGGAGCAGCGCGUCGCCUCACAAACUCUCUGACAUGAAGCGGGCAUGUUCCUCCUAGAAGACUCUCCUGCUGCAUUUGAUCUUCUUAUUGGACCUUCAGGCAGAGCGGACUUCCGACAUGAAGAACCCGCAUCUAGACGGCCACUGCAAGACCCUGCACUCGGGAGACAAGAGACUAAAGCGCAAAGCGCGACAGCCACUCAAGCGCGUCAGUGACGACCAUUUACCUUACUUUAACCUGUACAAGAACGCGCGUCUCAUGGCACAGACAGACGGCGGUCCGACAGAGACGCGCGGCUCGGGGAUCUUCGCGUCGGGGGACGAGAGCGUGUUAAACACCGCUCUGGAUAUGAGGAUAAACACCGCGAUUGCUGGAGAGGCUCCCGACUCCAAACUGAGAGCCGUCUCCGAGAAGUCUGUGAGUGGCAGAAGCGCUCAAACAGGCACGCGCGGCGCGCAGGGUUUUGCUCUGGAGCGAGCGUUGCCUCAGGCGCCUGGCGAGAGCGCGGAGUCACCGAGGAGACGCGCCGGAGAGCCGCCGGAGAUCAGAGCCAUGCAGCAGACGCGCAGGCUGCUGGCGAACGCGCGCGAGAGGACGCGUGUGCACACCAUCAGCGCAGCCUUCGAGGCGCUGCGAAAGCAGGUGCCCUGCUACUCGUACGGCCAGAAGCUCUCCAAGCUGGCUAUAUUAAGAAUCGCUUGCAACUACAUACUGUCUCUGGCUCAGCUGGCAGACCUGGACUACUCUCCGGACCAGAGCAAGCUGAGCUUCAGGGAGUGUGUGGAGCAGUGCACCCGGACGCUGCAGGCCGAGGGACGCUCCAAGAAGAGGAAGGUACGAGUCCAGCAUCUGCUUCUGGAUUCACUCUUCAACUGAUAGAAUCCUUAUUACAUGACUUUUGGGAAAGAAAACCACGAAUAAAAUGAAGAAAGUGUAUGUGGAGAAAGAAGGACCUCAAUCCUCCAUCAACAUGAAGACACUCUCCCCAUGCUGGAAAUGUAACGAAUUGUAAUGUAAUGAAAGUGUAAAGUGAUUUUACACUGCACUAUUGACUUUACUACAGCUAACCGAGUCAAAAACAAAACCACUCUAGGCUCUGGAUAUGCUUUUGUACAACUUUUGCACAGCAGAAACACUUUCCAAACUCAGAUGAUAUGAAGUCAGUUCAUUUUCCAUUGUUACAGACUGGUUAUUUAUUUUUGUUUGUUUUGCAGUUUAACAAAUCGUGCAGAGCUAGUUCAUGUGCAAAUUCUGUCAAAAAUGUCCUGCCAUGUGCAAGAAAGCGCACAUUUUCUUUUCUUUUUGUAAUCCAUAUAAUUGUGCUAUUCUUCCUUUUAUCAAUUACAUUAUAAACCAUGAUAUAAAUGCAUAUAAUUCAGCACUCAUCGCUUGUCUUCCAUUUGGUUCAUAUUAACAAUCUAGUUCUUAAACGGGAAUCUGAAGUCUAUGCUCUACAGUAUGUGGCUCUGUCAGCCAGUCACUUAUGUUAGUCUGUAUUUUAUACAUGUAUCUACUGUUGAAAUACUGUUUUGUAGUUAAAUGUAGUCCAAGAAUUCAUCUUCAUGACUGAAGAACUGCUUUUCUGAGGAAUUAAUAGGCAGUUGCUGGUGACCUGCCAAAAACAUCAAACUCCAGAAGGAAACAUCUGGUCAUUCUGACCUGUGUGGAACUCCUAUAAACACAUCAUUAAAUCAAACGAAUCAAUGAUUUAAUUAUGUCACAGACUAUUAUCUGUUGUUCUACAUACAUACAGGCACAUAUACAUAUACAGUUCCGACAACCAUGCGACGUGCCAGAAAUGUAUUAAUCAAAGCAAUAAGGAUCCAGUCAUCGCAUCCAAGCACAGCUCUUUUGGCCAGGUAGUGUAUAUAAUGCAUCUGAUUGUUUGUGAAAUAUUUUACACUUUCUGUUCCUCCACUGAGCAAAUAAUACAUAAACAACUUAGACUGUCGAUUGAUUAGUGCUUAGCAAAUGUUUAUAAGCAGUGUUUAACUACUUACAUUUAGUUAACCAGACACAUUGUAAGGUUGCGGAUGGCACAAGAUCAUCUUUUUGGACAGGUUUCAUGACUGAUGAUUUCAUAAGCUGAGAGCUGCUAAACAGAUUGACUUUUCAUUCCAAGACCAUCAUCUUUGGCGGUGUGUUGUGAGAGUUUUCCUCUCAGCUCCAUCCGUCUAGAUCGGCUUCACGUAGAGCUCACACAUUUCUGUGUCACAUCAGCAGCUCUGAUAAAAAUGAAGUAAAAUGCA